ACAUCACUUUGUAGGUGGAUCGGCUGUUAGCGUCACACUGGUUCCCCCUCGACAAUAGGAUUCUUCCAUAGGCUUUUGGAUUAUCGCAACAACAAAAAAUAAGUUCUGUGUUCAAACAUAGUUCAUGAAAUGUACAGGUUUUGUCCAUCAAGAUAAUCUUCACAAAAUAAUAUAACUUUGAUGAAUUUUGAAGCCUAAAUAUAAGCACCACAACUUAAAAGCUAAACUUAAGCACCAGGGUUGCUCGCCUUCAUCAAUCACCACCACCACACUCCCGACAACUUCAGCUUGGAUAAAUCAUCCAUCUAAAUUUACCUUGAAUGCAGGAGAAAUAUGAUAUAUUUGUUAUGAGAUAAAUUUGUCUGUGAUCUAGUUGUAAUGAGUUUUGUUGUCAGAUCAAGGCUGAACCCAUAUUCUGUGUCCUGAUGAAAAUUAGAUUGGAACGUGUGAUAUCUCGCUUCAUUUUGUGCAAUUGUCAUUAGCUGUUGCUGUUCUUUUGCAAGUUUGGCUCUUAAAUUACAGGAUACAUGACUUAUGAUUUACAUCCUCACAAUUCCCUAAUGUCUAUUCUGACAAAUCAAUUCUUUUAAUCAGCUGUUUGUUUUUUUUUGUUUUUUUUUUUGCAACAGUUCAUAUAAAUGGAUGGAGUGUAGGGUCAUUAUCAAAAUUUGGCAGCAACCUGAUCCUUGACUCUUCAGGCAGUAAAAUGAUUUCAAACAGAAAAGACUGCAUGCUUGUGAUUAUAUUUGGGGAAAAAGUACUCUUGCUGGUGUGAUAUUGCUUAACUAGCUAUUAUCACGGCCAUUCCCACACUGGCUCAUUAAAUUGCAAUCAAGUAGCUCUUAUAUUAACCUCAAACACACUGUAGUUGACUGAUCUUGUCAGUGUUUCCACACAAAGAUUGUUAACUCAUUCUCAGCCUGAUCAUGUGCCUGUUUGUUGACCUCCUCGUGUUUCUCCUUCAUUGUCUACUGAUCAGCCAUUGUUAUGUUUUCAUUUUAUUCCAUUCAUCAUUGUAUGCCAUCUGCAAUACAAUCUCAAGUUAAGUUACUUGGUUUCAUUAAUCUGUUUGCAUCUGAUACUCACCUGUUGUCUGUUUUCCUAUAAUCAGUAAAUCCUGAGAUUGAAUUCAUUUUACACCCUUGCUUGUGUUGUUCUAUUACAUCAUAUGGUAUAAAUGUGAAAACAAGAACUAUACAAUGGCAUUUUUGAUCUCAGAAUUAGAACACAAAUUCACAUUCAUUAUGUACAUUUACACUAAAACGCAGAGGAGGGGCCUGACAAUCUGAUGGAUAUAUAUAUAUAUAUACAAACGGUACAACACAAACGGUGAGUUACUGUUUUAUUCUUCAUUCACUUCACAGAACAUUGAGGCAUCUAUACAGUUCAAAAAACAGAACUAUGAAAUUGUUUAUAUUACUUUUUUAGGUAAGUCGAUUCUGUGAUUUAAUAAAGAGAGAUUGAGAAGAUGGCAGUAAGUUCAUAAAUAACUCUACAUUCAGUAAGUCUAUGUUUUCCCCUUCAUUUGUAAAGUUCAUCUCUUUCUCUGUGUCUCAUAGAAGUAGGUAUUUUUAGUGGCUUUUCUUCCAGCUGUACUGAUGAGCGAAUGCAGACAUGAUGAAGAAAUGCCGGUCGACUGUUCUGACAUUCAUAAAUCAGGACAAACGCUUGCUGGGAUUUAUACCAUUUAUCCAACAUGGAGGAUGGAUGGUGAUUCAGAGGAGAAUGGACGGCAGUGUGAAUUUCUAUCGGCCGUGGGAUCAGUACAAUAGAGGACUUGGGAAUGUGGAGGGAGAAUACUGGCUGGGGCUGGAAAACAUCUACCAAUUGACACGUAAGAAGAAGUACAGAGUGGAUCUGGAGGACUUUGAAGGAAAUAAAGUUUUCGCUCUGUACUCGUCCUUCUCUGUGGAUUGUGAAAUGGAUGGAUAUCAGCUGCAUAUUUCUGGAUUCACUGAUGGAGGAGCUGGUGACUCGUUAUCUGGUCACAAUGAUCAGAAGUUCUCCACUUUUGACAAGGGCCAAGAGACCUGGGGAAAUAACUGCGCCAAAUAUCAUCUCGGGGGAUUGUGGUACUACAGCUGUCUCAAUGCAAACCCCGAUGGUCUGUAUUUAUGGAAAGAAGAUUCCCCCCACAGCACCAUUGGUGUUGUUUAG